AUGGAAAGUGCUACAGCAGACACUAAUCUGAUGUCCAACAGCAUGGAAAAUACACAGUUACCCCAUUCCAUAGAAGCUGACAAAGACUAUAGAAGAAUAUUCUCUGACAAAAUGCAUGAAAGAGGCUUAAGACUGCAACAAACAACACUGGAGAAUGUGAAAAAACACAGAGAACGCAAAAAGAAAACCGAAGAAAUAGCUCCUGCAGAUGAACUGGCAAAGGAAUGGUUUAGCCAAGACAAAUCCACAGUGGGCACACGAGCUUAUCUGCUCGACCAGAUAAUGCCCUCCGUUGUUCAGGGAGUUGAGGCCAUGCUCAAGAAGGUUGAGAACAAAAAGGUUCUUGAAGAUGAUUCAGUAAAAUUUAAUCCAGUCAAUUAUCUUGGAGAAUAUUUUAUGAGACAUAAUCACGAAUUCUUCACAGGCUCUGAAAAAUCUGCUUAUGCACGCGGCCUAGAACAAGUAGUUGCUGAUCUGAAAAAUAACGUUUUUGACUUAGAAUUCAACAGGCUAGGACAGCUAAAAGAAGAGCUGAAGGAAAACCAAGAGAACAGAGUACAGGUGGAAAGUAUUCAGAGCCAAGUAAUGCAGAAGAGAAAGGAAGCCUUGUCUUUGCAGUUUCAAGAAUGGACACUGGAUGUCACCGGGAGAAUCCCACUUGCACUGGUACAAAGCGCUUUGAAGUCAUUCUUUGAGUUAGUCUCUGAAAAUACAACGGGGCCUAAACCAGCAUGGAUCAAAGAGCUGAAGACAGUGGACUCUCUGGAACAGAAGCUUAAUAAAGAAGAGUUUAUAGAGUAUGCAUAUCCAUUCAUCAGUCACAUCAGCACAAACUUCUUUCUGGAAUUUCUGCAUCACAUGGCGCAAUGUGCGGACAUGUUCCGUGAGACAAUCCGCCUUGAUAUAUGGAGGCAGAGGUUUUCUGAACUCUUUCUUGCGUGUGAUGCCGGAAAGGUUGGUUUCCUCGAUAGACAGCGGGUCCUGGCCCUUCUGGAAAUAGUCUAUGACAGAAUAAGCACUGAGGGAGAGGAGUGGCAGCCACGAAACCCCCGGCAAUGGCCAGUAAUUGAAAUAGGAGAAAUGGAUCCAACAGACUUCUGGGUUGAUUUUCAGGAAGGAGUUAACCCAACAGAAGAGAAAGGAGAAGAGGACACUACUGCAACCUUCAUUAUAACAACUGAGUCUGUACCUGUCGUGGAAGACCUGAAAAAAAGUGCAGAGGAUGCAGGAGAAGCGGAUCUCCGAUCCAGCGCCGACUCCUCUGAGCUUGCUGGCACUUCCUGUCCCACGGUUGAACAAGCCCAACAAGGUGAAGACAGUGGCAGCAGAGACUCGCACUUUGAUGGCAAACCUUGGUCAGGUGAUCUGCUGACUUCAGAUUUGGCUAUCCGGUACAGUUCAUAUGGUGACAGAAGUCAGGAUGAGUGCCAUGACACAGUCUCUAAAUUCACAGAUCUGUGCAACAUCAUCUCGGAAAUUAACACUCGUGGUCCAUCGCGCAUUCCUAGUGCUUUCAGUGGCAGUGCCCUCAACUUACCCCAGUUUGUCCAGUUAAUGGAGACGUUUGUGGGGGAUGCCCCACUUGCAGCUGUGGAGAAACUCACUUCCUUUAUUCAGAAGGAAUAUGUGGAAACAGAAGAGGAGAGAAUUGCGCUGCUGGCUAAAGUUCGUCAAGAUGCCCUUAUAGCACGGCAGAAGCUUGUCCUGCAGGCUCUCUUUGAGAAAUGGGACAACGAUGGGUCUGGGUUCCUGGAGCCGGAGGAGGUCGAAGGAGUUCUGGCCAAAUACAAGGAGGGGAUGGAAUCAGAGGUGAUGGCUAAAGAAAGAGAGAGCCUGACAUCCUCACAAUCUCAGCGAGGGUCAAGGAAGUUGUCAGCGAGUGAGUUCACUAGGUACAUCUUGGGUGUCAUCCAUGAGCUACCAGGAUCAGAAGAAGAGGUGUUUGAGAAUGUGAUUGAGUUUCUGACCUCCAGCAUUGAGCGUACACAGGUAGAGAAACUUCGAGGAGCCACCCGGAGGAAGUGGCUUCAACACAUUCAGACAGUUGCUGAGACCAGUGGCGGGAGAUUGGAGGUGGUAUACAAAGCUGUAUUUCAGGCCCUUUACAAGGAUGCAGAGGCCCAUGGAAAUAACAAAAAGAUCAGUGCAAACAUCGCACUAUUGGAGCAAAGCUCACCUGGAGAAAGAUGGAAUGAGGUUAUACGUUGCGUUGCUUGUACCUCAGAGGAUGCCUUAUAUGUAUUAAACAAGACACUACACAGAGACAUGAAGGGUAUCAGUUUUGCAGCAGUGGACAGCGGUAUGCCGCAGCAUGUGCCUCGAGUUCAGUAUCAUGGUAACAUACAUUUUUGGAACAAAGAGCGCCCAGAAGAGGAGCAGAAGGGAUCUCUCAUUGUACUGCCACUAACAGAUACGCAGGAGAGGGUUUUUGGGACCCUCAGUAUUGACACCCUAAGAGAACCUCGUGAUAGAAAUAUCUUCCUUACACAUGAAAUUAGCUUUUAUCAGGGUGUGACCAAUGCAUUCAGUUCAGCAUACCACCAUGUACAGAGGAAGAGUGAUAUUCUACAACUUGUAAGCAGUGCAUUUGCCUGGAUUUAUAGCAGAGCUCCCAACAUCCGAGUUAUCAAUACUUACCUAAUGGAGCCCUGCGCAGACAAGGCACAGGGUUAUGUCUUUCGAAAUAUGAUGCACACAGACAAUAACACAGGCAUGUCUGAGAUCUACACUAGUCCUGCCACACUUCGAAGGCGAGACAACCUGUUCAGGGAUUACCUGUUCAAGUGUGCAGAUAGCUCUGAGGUCAUCACCACUGAUGCCUAUGGAGAACGUCACAUCGCUGUACCUAUUCGCGACCAUACAGGAAGAGCUCUAGGUGUAUUGGACCUCAACACUGGCCACUGCAAGGAGCUGCCCCCUCAUGAAUAUCAGGAUCUGCAGAAGAUGCUACAGAUGCUGCAGGAAGCAUGCAAUGAAAUUCUGGAUGAUCAGCCAUUUAAGAAUACAACAGAAAAGGCUGUCUUAGAGGCAGAACAAGUACCAGGACAGAGAAAAGUGGGAGUUCUGUUUCAUCGCUUCAUGCUGCAAGAUCUAAGGCACUGUGUUAGCAAACUGGAUCACCAAUCAUUUGCUGAACUGAAGAGCUACAAGGAGCCACCGGUCAUGGUGCACAGUAUACUAAAAGCUGUGCUGCUGCUCUUUUUCCCGGAGUGGGCUGAAUCGGAGGAAAUUCACAGCUGGAAUCAGUGUAAACUGAAAGUAAAUAGUGAUUUGAUCCGCAAGAUUUUAUCCUUUGACCCCACGGCCCAGUCUGUUCAAAUCAACCCAGAGAUUGUUGCUAAGUACAUUAAAGGUAUCCCAAGAGGAGCAGUUUGGAAACAGGGCUCCAUCCCUGCGGAGUAUCUCUAUAACUGGGCUUUUACCUGUCUAUCUCUUAUGGAACUUACCCAAAAAAUGGUGAACACACAGUUACCAUCCCAAGUCUCCCUGCCAACACCAAACUAA